AUGCUGCUUUGGAUUCUGUUGCUGGAGACGUCUCUUUGUUUUGCUGCUGGAAACGUUACAGGGGACGUUUGCAAAGAGAAGAUCUGUGCCUGCAACGAGAUAGAAGGGGAUUUGCACGUAGACUGUGAGAAAAAGGGAUUUACCAGCCUGCAACAUUUCACCGCCCCAACUUCCCAGUUUUACCAUUUAUUUCUGCAUGGAAAUUCCCUGACUCGACUUUUCCCUAAUGAGUUUGCUAACUUUUACAAUGCAGUCAGUUUGCACAUGGAAAACAACGGUUUGCAUGAGAUUGUUCCUGGGGCUUUUCUUGGGCUGCAGCUGGUGAAACGCUUGCACAUAAACAACAACAAGAUCAAAUCAUUCAGGAAGCAGACUUUCCUGGGGCUGGACGAUCUGGAAUACCUCCAGGCAGAUUUUAAUCUAUUGCGGGAUAUUGACCCGGGAGCAUUUAGGGACUUAAACAAACUAGAGGUGCUGAUUUUAAAUGACAAUCUCAUCAGCACCUUGCCCCCCAACGUGUUUCAGUAUGUGCCGAUCACCCACCUUGACCUCCGGGGAAACCGUCUUAAAACCUUGCCUUAUGAGGAGGUCCUGGAGCAGAUCCCAGGCAUUGCUGAAAUCCUGCUAGAGGAUAACCCCUGGGACUGUACUUGCGAUCUGCUGUCGUUGAAGGAAUGGCUGGAAAAUAUACCCAAAAACGCUUUGAUCGGCAGGGUGAUUUGUGAAGCUCCCACUAGGUUGCAGGGCAAAGAUUUAAAUGAGACCACAGAGCAUGAGCUGUGCAAAAAGAACAGAGUGGAUUCUAGUCUAGAUGCUCCCCCUGCCGAAGAAGAAACCUGUGAUCCUGGUCCCAUUCCAACCCCCUUUAAAAUACAUGGCAAGGAAGACCCUGCCACACCAGGAUCUGGUCCAAAUGGAGGUACAAAGAUUCCUGUCAACUGGCAAAUCAAGACUAGACCCACUGCUGCUGUGUCGACAGUUAGCGCAAAGAGUAAGUUACUGACUAACUUGUCCUGCCCUCAGAUCUGCAGCUGUGAUCAGAUCCCUGGCUCAGGUUUAAAGGUUAAUUGCAAUGACAGGAAUGUGAGCAGCUUGGUGGAUUUGAAGCCUAAGCCAUCCAAUGUGCAGGAGCUGUUUCUGAGAGACAACAAAAUACACACCAUCAGGAAAUCCCACUUUCUGGAUUACCGGAAACUUAAUUUACUUGAUUUGGGCAACAACAACAUAGCCACCAUUGAGAACAACACCUUCAAGAACCUCUUCGAUCUCCGAUGGCUGUAUAUGGAUAGCAACUACCUAGACACCCUGUCCCGGGAGAAAUUUACUGGGCUGCAAAACCUGGAGUACCUGAAUGUGGAGUUUAAUGGGAUCCAGCUGAUCAUGCCUGGCACCUUCAAUGCAAUGCCCAAACUGAGAGUCCUCAUCCUCAACAACAAUCUACUGAGGUCUCUUCCAGUUGACGUCUUCGCCGGGGUCUCACUUUCCAAACUGAGCAUACACAACAAUUAUUUCAUGUACCUUCCCGUGGCGGGGGUGCUGGACCAGCUCACCUCCAUCACCCAGAUCGAUCUGCAUGGCAACCCGUGGGACUGUACUUGCCCUAUCGUGCCUUUCAAACAGUGGGCGGAGAUGUUGCGCCCCAAGGUGAUUAUGAGCGAUCUGAGGUGUGAGUCCCCAGAAGAUUUCUUCAAGGAGGAUUUUGAGUCUCUCUCCAAUGACGUGAUUUGCCCUCAGCUGAAAAUAUCACCCACACUAAGUUCUACCAACAAAAACAGCACCGGAUUUGCAGAGACAGGUACUCACUCCAACUCCUACUUGGAGACCAGCCGGGUCUCCAUUUCGGUGCUGGUGCCAGGGCUCCUGCUGGUUUUUGUGACCUCUGCUUUCACGGUGGUUGGCAUGCUGGUGUUCAUCCUGAGGAACAGAAAGCGGUCCAAGAGGAGGGACGCCAACUCGUCUGCAUCUGAAAUCAACUCCUUGCAGACAGUCUGCGACUCAUCCUACUGGCACAACGGGCCCUACAGCACCGACGGGGCCCACAGGGUUUACGACUGCGGCUCCCACUCCCUGUCGGACUGA